AUGAUAAAACGACCCGUGGCGCUCAUUCUCAUUAUAGCCAUUUUGACUAGUACAAAUCUCACCAUAUGCGAAACGAAUAAAGUAGACAAUGUAACCCAGGAGGGUAACAAAGGAACAAGUGGAGGGAGUAGUAACCUCUCCCCUCCUUCGAACAACAAUCCUCCAAGUGAUGGAUCCAAUAAUGAUGAGACAGCCUUUCCAACCAAAACUAUAUCGUUUAGUAUGCCCCCCAAUUUAGAAGGCGGGGGAUCUUCUCAGAAUGAAAGUGCAGGCAGUACAGACCAAGUGGGAACAACAACAGGUGACUCUCCCGCAUCGAGCAAUAACGCUCCUGGAGGGAGCAACAGCUCCAGUGACAAGAAAGCAGAGCACACACUUAUUCCUUCACAGGGGCUUCAACAGACCAAAUCAUCCUCCCCUGGAGUAACACCGCAAGACCACCAAACAGCAGUAGACUUUUUUGGAGGAAAUACAGCCAAAUCGAAUGACCCCCUUGAAGGCCCACAACAAGUAGAAUCAGCCUUAUUAAAAAAUUACAAUGGAGUGAAAGUGACAGGUUCGUGUGGAUCCUACUUUAGGGUAUACCUAGUACCGCACAUACUAAUCUAUGCCUUAACAAAGAGCUCCAUUAUUCAGAUAGAGUCCCUGUUCGAUGAUAACACCAGGAUAGAUUUUGAAUACUCCGAUGACAUGGUGAAUAAAUGUGAGGAGGGGAAGAACUUCAAGCUGAUUCUUUACUUGAAGGAUAAUAUAUUGACGCUCAAGUGGAAGGUGCUUCCAUCUUCAGCAGAGGAUCACUCGGAGGACACCACCAAGGCGGACGUGCGAAAGUUCAAAAUCCCGCAGCUGGAGCGCCCGUUCACCUCGAUACAGGUGUACACGGCGGACGUGAAGGCGGGGCUUAUCGAGAGCAAAAACUACGCCCUGGGCGCGGACAUUCCGGAGAAGUGCAACUCCAUCGCAACGGACUGCUUCCUAAACGGAAACAUAAAUAUCGACAAGUGCUACCAGUGCACGCUGCUGGUUCAGAACGGAGACCCGACCUCCAACGAGUGCUUCAACUACAUAUCGAAGGACUUGCAAGACAAGCACAAUAAUGCAAAAGUGAAGGGGCAAGACGAGCUGAGUCCGAAGGAGUACGAACUCACCGAGGCAAUCGAUAUCAUCCUAAAAAAUAUCUACAAAGUGGAUGCACAGAAUAAAAAGAAGGUGCUGAUCAGUAUGGAAGACUUCGAUGACGUUUUGAAGGCAGAGCUCCUAAACUAUUGCAAACUUCUAAAAGAAAUGGACGAUAAGGGUACUCUAGAAAAUUGCGAUUUAGGAAAUGAGGUCGAUAUAUUUAAUAACAUGAUUAGACUGCUUAGUAUGCACCCCAACGAGAAUAUCAUCACAUUGCAGGAUAAGCUACGCAACACGGCAAUAUGCUUGAAGAAUGUAGAUGAAUGGAUUAAUAACAAACGAGGAUUAUUGCUUCCGGAGGGAGAGGAAAUGUCAUCAUUUGAGGGGACUCCUACUACUCAAGUGGACAAAGAUGAGGAGGAAAAACAGGUAGAGGAAAAUAUACUACUCGAUCAGGACAUGUACAGAAAGGAUGAUGAUGGCACCAUCGAUUUGGUCAAAGCGGGAAAGGAAUUAAAAUUAAGAUCUCCUUAUUUUAAAAAUAGCAAAUACUGCAAUUAUGAAUACUGUGAUAGGUGGAAGGAUAAAACGAGUUGCUUUUCGAAUAUCGAAGUGGAAGAUCAAGGAAAUUGUGGACUGUGUUGGAUUUUUGCUUCUAAGUUACACUUAGAAACGAUCAGAUGCAUGAGGGGGUAUGGGCACUUCCGCAGUUCCGCUAUGUACGUAGCAAACUGCUCAAAAAGGAACCCAAAAGAGAUAUGUACAGUCGGAUCCACCCCAUUAGAGUUCCUCAAAAUUGUGCAGGACACAGGAUUCUUGCCCCUUGAAGCUGAUCACCCCUAUCUGCACAAAAAUGUCAUGAAUCAAUGUCCCAAGCCCAAGGAGAAUUGGAUCAACCUAUGGGGAAAUAGCAAGUUACUCUUUCAUAAAUUGUAUGGCCAUCUCAUGAGUUACAAAGGAUUCAUCUCCUAUGUAAGUCUGCACUUUAGGGAUAACAUGCACAUAUUCAUAGACCUAAUAAAACGGGAGGUGCAAAAUAAAGGAUCCGUGAUUAUUUAUAUCAAAACGAAGGGCGUAAUUGGAUAUGAUUUUAACGGCACAGGGGUACAGAACAUGUGUGGUCAUAAAAUACCUGACCAUGCAGCUAACAUCGUGGGGUAUGGAAACUAUAUCAAUAGGAAAGGAGAGAAGAGGUCCUACUGGAUUAUUAGGAAUAGCUGGGGGUACUACUGGGGCAAUGAAGGAACGUUCAAAGUGGACAUGCUUGGACCAAAGGAAUGCAAAUAUAAUUUCAUUCACUCUGCUGUCGUUUUUAAGGUGAACUUGGGUGCUAUUGAUAUCCCUAAUAAGGACGUGGACCUGAACCGUACCUACUUCCCCAAACACAACUCGGACUUUUUUCACAGUCUCUACUUUAACAACUACGAUGAUGAGGCGGAUGGCGAGAAGAAGAUCGUCUUCCAGAAGGACCGAAGCAACGACGACGGUGGUAGUGGUAGUGGUAGUGGCAGUGGAAGUGGCAAGGGAAAGGGCAAGGGCUCCAAGUCGAAGAAGGGCUCGAAAAGGAAGCAAAUUUCAGGCCAAGAUGAAGGCGGUGCCACAGGAGGUGCCUCUUCGGGGGCAGCUUCUGGUGCGCGUUCCAGCCUACCUCCCCAAAGUGCCAAGCCGAGCCCAUCCGCAGAGAAAAAAAUUCAAAUCCUACACGUGCUGAAGCAUAUUGACAAGUCCAAAAUUGUGCGAGGAUUGGUAAAGUAUGAAAAUAUAAGCGAGACGCAAAAUGACCACAGCUGCGCAAGGGCUCAUUCGAAGAACCCAGACAGGAAGGACGAAUGCAAACUCUUCUGUGAGGAAAACUGGAAUAGCUGCAAGAACCACUACUCUCCUGGGUAUUGCCUAGCCAAGUUGUACAGUGGCGGCAACUGCUACUUCUGCUACGUGUGA